AUGUCGGAAAGACCCCAAUCAUCGGCCUCGGCGGGAUCAUCCUCGAGGGAACCUGCUGGAGGUGCGGGGCAGUCGAGCGGGAAUGGAGCGGGUGGAGGGGAUAAUUCCAGUGUGGUGCUCAAAGUGGGGAUGGUAGGGGAUAGUCAGAUUGGAAAGACGAGUUUGAUGGUGAAAUACGUCGAGGGAAGCUUCGAUGAGGAUUAUAUCCAGACAUUGGGAGUGAACUUUAUGGAAAAGUCGAUCAGCAUCCGGAGUACCGAGAUCACCUUUUCCAUAUGGGAUCUCGGCGGUCAACGAGAAUUCGUCUCGAUGUUGCCCCUUGUGUCUAACGACGCGGUGGCCAUCCUGUUCAUGUUCGACCUGACUCGCAAGUCGACGUUGAACAGUAUCAAAGAGUGGUACAGGCAAGCCAGGGGGUUCAACAAGACGGCGAUUCCCGUCUUAAUUGGCACCAAAUACGACCAGUUUGCCACCUUUGCGCGGGACGAGCAGGAUGAGAUCACACGACAGGCCAAGAGGUUUUCAAAAGCCAUGCAUGCGCCAUUGAUCUUCUGUUCGACAUCUCACUCCAUCAACGUACAAAAGAUCUUCAAGAUCGUGCUAGCAAAAGCAUUCGACCUCAAGUGCACAGUACCCGAGAUCGAUGGUCCGGGCGAACCGAUCCUCUUAUACCUGGACGUGUAA